AAACUACUUUUCAAACAUUACACAUGGAGCAGUUACCUAACAAAGGAUACAAAUUCAGGCAACAGAAGAAAACGGUCAUAACACGGCAGUUAAAAAGAAAACGACGUAAUUAACCUCUUACCGUGCAUUUGACUUUUUUGAACUGUCAUUGGAUUCGUGAACAAUGUUUCCUACUCCAAUAUCUUAAUUAAUUAAUUAACAGGGCAUUUUCUUUGCACGAACUCUGUUUUCACACUAAUCUUGUUUAUUUAUUUAUUUAUUGCAGGUUUGUUUCUUCAGGCAGUUUGUUAGAUCGGUUCCUAAAGUUGAUUACUUGACUCUGCGACAUGGAUUUAUCAUGGCACACUUGGCACCUCAAAGUCACCAAAGAUUUGACUUCCAAAAGUAUAUCAAGAGAUCAUUGGAGGAGGAUUUCAAGGUUGUUGUGGGGAUUAGCCCACCGAUCUGGUUCUUCGCUGUGGUAUUCUUACUCUUUAACACUCACGGCUGGAAAUCUUAUCUAUGGCUGCCAUUUAUCCCAUUGCUUAUCAUCCUACUGGUGGGGACGAAACUACAGGUGAUCAUAACCAAAAUGGCAUUGAGAAUCCAGGAGAGAGGAGAGGUUGUGCAGGGGGUGCCAGUGGUGCAGCCAGGUGACGACCUCUUCUGGUUCAACCGCCCUCGCCUCAUUCUCUACCUCAUCAACUUUGUUCUCUUUCAGAAUGCCUUUCAGCUUGCUUUCUUUGCAUGGGCUUGGUAUGAAUUCGGGUUGAAAUCUUGUUUCCACGACCAUACUGAGGAUAUUGUCAUUAGAAUCUCAAUGGGGGUCCUCAUACAAAUUUUGUGCAGCUACGUAACUCUCCCACUCUAUGCCCUUGUAACACAGAUGGGUUCAUCCAUGAAACCAACCAUAUUCAACGAAAGAGUGGCGGCGGCUCUACGCAACUGGCACCACACGGCGAGGAAGAACCUAAAGCAGAACAAGGGCUCGGUGACGGGGACCCCGAUGUCUAGCAGACCCGCCACCCCGUCCCACCACAUGUCCCCGGUUCACCUCCUCCGUCACUACCGGAGCGAGGCGGACAGCCUCCACACAUCACCGAGACGAUCCAAUUUUGACAUUGAGCAUUGGGAAACUGAAUCUCCGUCCCCCUCGCACCACCACCACCUGGUCGGCGAGGGUUCAUCCUCGCAUCACAACGGCCACCAAAUGGGCCAAAGGAAUUAUAUUGAGUAUGAUGUAAAAGAGCUGAACUCAAGUCAAGUGGCUCCGCUUCCACAAACAGACCGCUUGGAACACCAAAUUGAUAUCGGCCCACCAAAGGACUUUUCAUUUGAUAAAAGAACAAGUUUGUGAUUAAAACAAUAGGAAAAAAAAAAGAAAGGAUCAUGUGGGAAUUUUCCUACAUUUCGUUGGUUGGAGAUGAUGACGAAGAUGGGAGUCAUGUUCGUACGAAUCCAAGUUCUUUAUUUGCUUGAUAUUCUUGUAUAGUGCUUAAUUGACAUUCUCUAAAUGAAAAAUUUUGGGGAAAAUUAGACA